AUGAGUUUUCAUCCAUCUCCAUCGAUUGAUUGUCAUACGACACCAAUGGAAGUAGUAUUACCACUCAUACAUGAAACUAUGGUUUAUCCAGAUCGUAUUCCAAAGAAUAAUGCGGAUACUAAUGUUGAUGAUGAGAGAGAAUCUCGUUCUUCAUCAGUUAAUGGUAGACAUUGUUGCCAAUAUCAUAAUUCAUCUGGCCAAUAUAUAUGUCGAUGUCCACCACGUUAUUUGAACAAAUCAUUAUUUUCUGAAAAUUUAUUCUUUAUAUCCCAAAUAGGAACAUUGGCAUUUUAUCAAUCUUUACUAAGUGAAUUUAUUGGAACAAUGUUACUUACAUUAAUAUGUACGUCCACGGGUUUACCUAUUACAUCUAAACCUGUACCUGAUUUACAUGGUGCUUUCGUUGCUGGUUUUACUAUUGCAACAAUUAUUGUUGGUUUCGGUCAUAUAAGUGGUGCACAUGUCAAUCCGGCUGUAACAAUAUCGUUUUUAGUUGCCUGUGAAAUUGAUGUUUUACGAGCAUUAUGCUAUAUUGGUAUGCAAUUACUUGGUGCUGUUAGUGGUUCUUGUCUACUAAAAUUUUUAGCACCUUCUAAGGUUCAAGGAAAUUUAGGUUUGAAUACAAUAACUCCAGGUGUUACAGUUUCACAAGCCAUUGUAGUUGAAUUUAUUAUUACAUUUAUUCUAUGUUAUACAGUACAUGCUAUUUGUGAUAAAAAACGUGAAGAUAUUGGAGGUUCAAAAGCUUUAGCCGUUGGUUUAGCAAUAACAGUUGGUUGUUUAUUUGGUGGGCCUUACACCGGUGCUUCUAUGAAUCCAGCUCGAUCAUUUGGACCCGCUACUGCUUUAAAUUCAUGGGAAAAUCAUUGGGUUUAUUGGUUUGGUCCUAUAACUGGUUCAAUUGUAGCUGCUAUUGUUUAUACAUAUGUAUUAAAAAAACAAAUGCCUAUUGUUGUACGCACUGAUUCUCGUUCACGUUCUCAUAUAGAUAAAUCAGUUAAUAGUUAA